CUCACAACCCUACCAAACGCCAAGUCGCCAACUCUGAAAAACUAAAACCACGAAAGCAAAAUCUAGUCUCGCCGGAGCCCGCCAAAAUUCACUUCGCCGGAGUCUAUGAACUCGAAACUCCUCCGUCUCAUUCCACUCUUCUCAACCAAACCAAAAUUUCCAGCUUCGUUACCUUAUUCUCCUUCUCAACAGAGGUAUUUUCCGUUCUCCACUGCAACUCCCGAAACGACGUCGUUCAAGGAGCGUCGCAGAUUCACGCACUCGUUUGAUGACGAUGCCGUUUCGGGAACCAGCGCCGCGUACAGCCACACGCUGAAGUUCCAACGACCAUCGACUAUCGAUUGGCAUCGAGGGAUUGAGAACAACGCUUCCUUCAUUGGAACCGUCACGCGCCAGCCGAAACCCGUUAACUCCAAAAAAGGUUGUUUCGGUGCUUUCACUGUGUUGGAGAUUUCGAAUCCGAGAUGCGAUGAUUCUCAUAGCUCCAACUUAAGGGUGGUCUUGUUUAUGUGGGAUCGGUUAGCGGAAAUUGCUUUGAAACAUUUGAAAGCGAAUGAUUUUAUAUAUGUCUCAGGUUCUUUGCGUUCUUACACCAAAGUUGAUCAUAGUGGAAAUGACAAUGUUAACUAUCAGCUAGUUGUGAAGGAGCUGGAUUUUGUUGCUCGAAAAAUAGGCCAUGAGGGGCACAAAAGAUUAGAAUCUAUUGAAGCUGCAGAUAGUAUCCAAAAUAAUCAAAAUCGACUUCACCUAUGGCAUGUGUUUUUUUCCAAUCCAUAUGAGUGGUGGGAUCAUAGAAAGAGCAAGUAUAACACAAAACAGCCUGAUUUUAAACACAAGGAUACUGGUGAAGUUUUGUGGUUGAGUAAAUAUGAUCCUCCAUGGGUAAGAAAACAACUUGAAUUGCUUGACUCGAAAAUUGCAGAAGGAAGAGUUAUGCGUCCUCAUUCUCGUGUGAGAACUUGGGUUUAUGAUGAGUAGCCGAAGGCUAUGUUGAUGGACCCUUAAAACAAUCAAAUUGCUAUGAUUAUGAUAGUAUUGUUGCUAUGAUCUAUUCAACACAUGUUAAAAGAUAGUUUUGUCGAGUUGAUGAUUACUCAUUAGUCAAAAAAAGGAAGAAAACUUGAGUAGUGUAUGCGGAUGCUUACAUAGCAGCCCCAUGUACCAUAUUUGUGUAACAGAUGCAAGAACAAGUAUUUAAUGUCGAAUUUUUAUGUAUAAAUAAUAGAAGGUUACUGCUAAAGCACUUAAUCCUUUCAA